AUGGAAGGAAAAUCAACCCUUGCGACCGUAAAAGCCACUGGCAGUGUUGAGGCUAUCGCCCCAAGCUCGCAAACCCCUACGCCAACAUCGCACAAGCCUUCCCCAUUCAUUGGCGUGACAGUGGCUGAGACCACCUCAUCGUCAGGAAUAGCGGAUGCUAGUACAACCUCAGCCCCUACCCCAGUCGUCGUGCUGGUCACGCCUGAAGGUUCAACGACUCUGGUUGGGACGUCCUAUCUGGCCCCUGAUCCAGAUACAAUCUCCACCUCCACCCCAACUACAACCCCAGAAUCCGAAGAAACAAGCACCAUCCACGCAACAUCAACCUCAGUCAAAACUGUCUACGUCACCAUCGCCAACAAACCAACCACAACCAGCACAACCACAUCCUUCGCUCAAGACUCAACAUCUACCAUCAACACCCCAGAGCCUGCCCCAGCAUCUACAACUCAAACAGAAGCAGCAGUUACAUACACACCUACAUCUACAUCCAUAGUCACAUCAACAAUCAUAGUGAAACUAACGCCAACUCCCACCGAACAACCCUCAACCUCUUCCACAGAAGCCGACGAAGAAACAACAACCCCAACCACAGCAGAGCCGAAAACAGCAACAAUAAGCUACUCCUCCACCACCGAAACCGGCGACAUCCUCAGGAUUGUCCCAGUCACACCAACAGGGCAUGGUUAUAUCACUAUUACCGAGACGGAGACAAAGAUGGAGACAAAGACCGUAACGGAGACAGAAACGGAGACCAAAACCGUAACGGAGAAAACCACCGAGACUGUGACUGUUUCUGAGCAAACAUAA